GUUCUCCCCGCCAACAAACACAGCUUUAAGAACCAGUAACGCUGAGAUAUUCUAAUCCGAAAACGAAGAAGCCAUGGAUGCACUAAAACAUCAAGCUUUAUCUUCUUCUCUAUUCUCACUAUAUCUCUCUUCUCUAAACCCUACCAAUACAAAACCUAAACUCUUCAUCACCUCUUUUAAACCGUCAUUUUCUCUCUUCACUUCUCAUUCAACUCCCAUUUCCGACUCCUCUCCCUCCAUUUUUCUUCCAUUCUUAGAAGAAGAAGACGAACAAGAACACCAAGAGGAGGAAGAAGAGGACGAAUUUAACUGUUCCUCCACAGACCCAAUUGUUAAAUUCUUCAAAUCCCGCACUUCCACCGCUCAAGAAGACCCGCCUCACGAAGGCAAAUUCACUCUCCAAACCAACCGCCGUACUCAGUGGCGUCUGGCGCCCGAGUUUCAAUCUGAUGACGGACCCGAAUCUGAAAUUGAAUUUGACAAUACUUUUAUCGAAAACCAACAACCGGGUUCUUCAAAUUACGAGUCGUAUCCUUUAAUUGUGAGGGAAAUUUUGAGUCUUGCGAGGGAUUUACCGGAGAACACUACGUUAGGAGAGCAAUUGGGUGGGUUUUCGGGGAGGAUUAGUGUGGCGGAGUGUGUGCAGGUGUUAGAGUUGAUGGGUGAAGAGGGUUUGAUUAGUUGCUGUUUAUAUUUUUUUGAGUGGAUGCGGUUGCAAGAGCCGUCUCUUGUUACUUCUCGUGCUUGUACUGUGCUUUUUCCCGUGUUGGGGAAGGCUGGAAUGGGUGAUGAAUUAAUGGUUUUGUUUGAGAAUUUGCCUAAGAGUAAGGAGUUUAGAGAUGUUCAUGUUUUUAAUGCUUCUCUUUCUGGCCUUCUUUGCUGUCGGAGGUAUGAUGAUGCACUUAAGGUGUAUGAGACCAUGGAAGCGAAUAAUGUUUCUCCGGAUCAUGUGACAUGCUCUAUAAUGAUUACGGCCAUGAGAAAGAAUGGUGGUAGUGCGAAAGAGGCUUGGGAUUUCUUUGAGAGAAUGAAUAGGAAAGGAGUUAAAUGGAGUCAAGAAGUUUUGGGGGCUCUUGUAAAGUCGUUUUGUGACGAGGGGUUGAGGAAUGAAGCCUUAGUUAUUCAAGUAGAAAUGGCAAGGAAAGGGGUCUUUUCGAAUACCAUUGUUUAUAAUACAUUAAUGGAUGCUUAUAAUAAAUCCAACCAAAUUGAAGAAGUUGAAGGCAUCUUCUCGGAGAUGAAGACGAAAGGUCUUAAGCCUACAUCGGCUUCUUUUAACAUUCUCAUGGAUGCCUACAGCAGAAGAAUGCAGCCUGAGAUAGUUGAAAAAUUGCUCGUGGAGAUGCAGGAUGCCGGUUUACAGCCUGACGCGAAAUCAUAUACUUGUCUAAUAAGUGCAUAUGGGAGACAGAAGAAGAUGAGUGACAUGGCUGCAGAUGCAUUCUUGAGAAUGAAGAAAGUUGGUAUAAAACCUACUUCGCAUUCGUACACAGCUCUUAUCCAUGCUUACUCAGUCAGCGGUUGGCAUGAGAAAGCUUACAACGCGUUCGAGCAUAUGCAAAAGGAAGGAAUCAAACCUUCCGUAGAAACCUACACGGCUCUGCUUGAUGCAUUUAGGCGUUCCGGAGACACCCAAACACUAAUGAAAAUUUGGAAAUUGAUGAUGAGCGAAAAAGUUGAGGGCACAAGGGUGACAUUCAACAUUCUUGUUGAUGGAUUCGCUAAACAAGGUCAUUAUGUGGAAGCAAGGGAUGUGAUAUCUGAGUUUGGGAAGUUAGGGUUGCAUCCAACUGCAAUGACAUAUAACAUGCUGAUGAAUGCUUACGCAAGGGGAGGACAACACUCAAGGCUGCCACAACUAAUGAAAGAAAUGGAAAAUCUCAAUCUAAAAGCUGACUCGAUAACUUACUUGACUAUGAUCUAUGCAUAUAUCCGUGUUCGUGAUUUCAGGAGGGCAUUCUUCUAUCACAAGAUGAUGGUGAAAAGCGGGCAAGUGCCCGAUGCUAAGUCGUACGAAAAGCUUAGGGCGAUAUUGGAAGCAAAAGCUAAAAUAAAAAACAGGAAAGAUCGGAGUGCUAUACUUGGUAUAGUUAAUAGUCAAAUGGGUCUGUUGAAGGUUAAGAAGAAAGGCGAGAAAGACGAAUUUUGGAAGAACAAGAAGAAACAUAAGAUUCCUCGUGAGCCAUGAUGGGCAGCAGUCACGCCUGUAUAAGAGCUCAAUAACACAAGGAAACACAGUUGGCCUAUUUUAGAUUUCUGCCAAAAUGAUAUGCAUAUGUAUUCUGUCAUGAAUACAGACAUUAGUCUAAUGUUAUAAUGGUUGAUCAGUCAUAUUAAGCCUUAUAUGGAACAAGCUUAUUUCCAACAAA